GAUUACCUCGCUCCCUUUCAUCUCUCUUCUGUCAUCUCGCGCUCCUCAUUCCUUCUUGAUCGCAUUACAGGGUAGCACCAAGACAGCGAUCAGAUCAGUUCACCAUGGAUAACCCAGUGCUUUUCGCCAUCAACUCGACCUUCGCAACGGUAGCACGCGGCCUCCAGGCCGUGCCUGGGUCCGGAAUCGCCAUCAACUAUAUCAAGGACUCAUACCAGAACGAUCCCUUCAGAGUCGUGCUUGAGCUCGGUCUGGCUAUCUAUGCCAUUAAGUACAUGCUUUCGAAAAAAUAUCGCAUUGAUCAGAACGACGUUCAGCUCACAGAAAAGGAAAUUGAUGAGCUCAUUACGGAAUGGCAGCCCGAACCAUUGGUUCAGACAUUGUCUGAUAUUCAACGCAUGGAGCUGGAAAAGACUCAAGUCAUUGUCGGAGCCCAGGGUCCGAAACCAAAGGUGCUGUCGUCUGGAAAGAAUCUGCUGAACCUCGCCAGUGCAAAUUACUUAGGAUACACCACAAAUGAAGACAUCAAGGAGAAAGCUAUCGAAACUCUGCACAAGUAUGGGGUCGGAUCCUGUGGACCUCCUGGAUUCUAUGGAACCCUUGAUGUUCAUAUUGACUUGGAAAAAGAUAUCGCGCGGUUUUUGGGAACAGAGUCGUCCAUUAUUUACGCUCAGGGAUUCUCAACAAUUUCUUCAGUCAUUGCUGCCUUUUCAAAGCGCGGCGAUAUCAUUGUAGCAGAUGAUGGCUGUAAUUUUGCUAUUUUGAAGGGUACCCAAAUUUCACGAUCAGUAAUCAAAUGGUUCAAACACAACGACAUGGCAGAUCUGGAGCGUGUAUUGGAGUCGAUUCACUUCGAGACACUUACACACAAAAAGCGGCCAUUGACCCGUCGAUUUAUUGUCACAGAAGGACUGUUCCAAAACUAUGGCGAUAUCGCACCGCUAGACAAGAUCAUGGAGCUAAAACACAAAUACAAAUACCGUGUGAUCCUGGAUGAAUCCAGCUCAUUUGGUGUGCUAGGCAAGACAGGACGUGGUUUGACAGAGGUUUUCGACAUUUCGCCAAAGAACGUUGACAUGAUUGUGGGGUCAAUGGCUAAUACCCUUGCGGCCGCAGGAGGAUUCUGUGCUGGUCCCAAGGAGGUUAUCGAUCAUCAACGUCUCUCUGGCCAGGCUUUUGUCUUUUCUGCCUCGAUCCCUGCAAUGCUCACAGUCUGCGCAUCGGAGGCGAUCAAGAUUUUGGGCACCCCGCAAGGUGUCAAGCUAUUGAAGGAGUUGCAGGAUAACUCAGCAACCUUUAGAAACAUCAUGCUGGGUGCGCCACAGUGGAUCGAACUGAGUUCGGCUGCGGGAUCGCCCAUCUUACAUUUGCGUUUUCCACAGGCGGCUCUGGCUGCCACUGGUGUGUCGACCAGAGACGACGAAAAGCUGCUUCUCCAAGAAAUUGUGGACGAGGUGGCGAUCAAAGACAGCAUAUUGAUUACAAGGGCCAAGUAUGUGGAACAUCAGGAGUUACAUUUGCCUCGACCCUCAAUCCGCAUCUCCAUCUGUGCGACACAUACCAAAAAGGAGGUCGAGAAGGCCGCACAGGCUAUUAAGACAGCUUUCGGAAAAGCGCUUAGCCGUCGCAAGUGAAAUGAGGUCCGAAGCCUUCUACGGUUGUUUGGAAUCGUAUGAUUCAUUUCCAUAUCAUUAUCGUUUGAUUCACUCUCUUACAACGUCCGGUAGCAUGGCUUCGACAAGAUCUCUUCGUAUUUAUUGACUAAUGUUUAUAUGCAGAGGCGUGUAUCGCGCGAGACAGCAUACAGAUUUGAAUGCUCGAAAUGGGGUUUCAACGCACGGCCUGUCUGGACGAGAGCCCAAGUUACGUGCAUUAUCACACAAAUAAAACAAGUCAGCGCUGUUAAUUGCCUUGACGCACAGGCAUCUUUGUCUCGGG